CCGUGCUGUUAAGCGCAAGCAACAUUUCAAUUGUUGAUCCCAUCCGUCCCGUAAAUAAACAAUAAAUAAUGGGCAAUCACAAGGUCCUCCGAUCGGCGGGCAGCAAUCUGCGUUACUCGAUGUACGAGUUCAUUGACGCGGUGCACAAGCGAACGAUUAUCUGGGAACGGAGGCACCCGAACUUCCACAACCGGGAGCUGAGAGAUCAGGCCUGGCAGCAAAUUGGCCAGGAGCUGUGCUCCAACUUCGAGGCGUCCAGCGAGCCGGAGAAGCAGGAAAUAGUGAAAACCCUGCUUAAGCGCUGGAAAAACACGAGGGACAGCUACUUGCGGGUCAACCGGCUGCGGCAAAGUGGCGAGGAGGUGGCCAGGGCAUCUUACAUCUACGAGAAGGAGCUCAGCUUUCUGCUGGACGUAAAAGCCGAGUCGGAGGACGAAGAGGAACCUUUGAAGGAGGAGCCCAAGCCCCAGGCCAAGCGAAAACGCCCGCCGCCCACUCAGAGAUCCGCAAAGACUCCCCGAAGGAGGAACUCUGGCCAGGAAACGAGUUUAGAAGCCGUUAGCAACACCGCAGACCUUGCGGACAACCUGCAAUCCGUUCUGGAGGACCUGACCUACACAAGCGAUGAUCCUGCGCCACCUGUGAUCGUGCCGCUUCCUCAGUUUCCCGCAGAUCCACCUUGCAGUACAAACACCGCCUCCACAACCGCUGAUCCCGACCAGGCCUUCUUCGACACCAUCAAGCCGCACAUGCAGCGGAUGUGCGCCGAUCGCAAGCUCGACUUUCAGAUCGAGGUCCUGAAAAUACUUCGCAAUUUUAAGCCAAACUGAAUAAUAAGUUAUAGUUAAUAACUAUAGAAGUUAAAUCAUGUUUUUCGCUUUACAUUUACAUUAACAGAGGAUGUAGUUAACAGCUAGCAAGUAGGAGGAAAACUUAUCGUUAUCGUAAAUCGUUCACAGCCAAGGGCGCAAAAUUUAAACACUGUG